AUGCGAAUAUUCAAAUCUCAACGCAUUGCGACCGUCCCUGAAUACCUCCAUCGUCAUCUCUUCAAUAGUGAUGUUCCGUCCACAUCAACAGCUUCGUCUUACCAAAUUGAAUUACCCACGCUGAGAUCAAGCUCUCUUCAGGAGCACUUCAGAAUUAUCGCAGAGGAACUGACUGAAAAGUACAGGGAAUUGCUAGAGGCAGCAGCGGCAUUUCCGCUGCAAGUUCCAAAGCCAGCACACUGGAGGUUUGAAACAGGAUGGACGAGAUAUUCUCAUAGUGGUGUGGUGGAAAAGGUGGAUCAUCCUUGCGAGGAUGUAUUCUUCUUCGACGUGGAGACCUGCGUGCAGGAUGGGCAGCUGGCUACUUUAGCGGUUGCUCUUUCUGAUGCAGCUUGGUAUUGCUGGUGCAGUGAUCGCCUUGUUAAUGACACACCCAUGCCAAACGCCGUUCGUCUUGAGCAUCUCAUUCCCCUUGGAGGCUCUGACCAGGCACGCAUUGUCAUUGGACACAAUGUUGGAUACGAUCGAGCAAGAGCAAGAGAACCGUACUUGCAAAAGGUAGAGUUUUGAAU